CCUCCACUACAAGCUGUCCGCGAUGGGACGGGAUUUUGGCGAUUGGAUCUACGGAUACUGCGAGAUUCCGGCAUCAAGUAUUCUGGAAAGGCGAUGACUACCGAUCGAUCGAGGGGAAUGGGUGAAUCACAUCACACCCAUUUUUUUUUUUUUUGACACCACUGAGAAAGAAGGGUUCAUUUCGCUUCUUCGUUUCUAGCUUCGUCCCCCCUUUGCCUUUAAGUGAGUGCACACACGAGCGUAGAAGAACACUAUCAUUCCGAUACCUAGUGGAUGACAGCAGUCAGUUCGGGGCAACUUGAGCAAAGCUUCCCAUCCCCUCUUUUCUCGCCACAAGUUGAUCAAGUCACGCAAAGAUGUGCUGUGGAUGGUGGUGGUCACGGGAUGGGUCCGGCGUCUGCGCGCUCGCAUCCUCUCCAGGCACCUCCAAACCGACAAGCUCAGAUUCUGGAGCCCAAGGGUACGAUCGAAACCUUCUCCCUGCCAGCCUUCUGGUGCAGAUGCACCGCGGUCGCUGCAAUAUCGAGGAGGCCCCGGCCGUGUUUGAUGCUCUCCACUCCCGACAGCGUUUUCUCUGGAAACAUCAUGGUCGCGGCGUUUGCCCAGAACGGGCAUAUCCCCGAUGCGUGGCAAGUGUUUGAUGCAAUGCCGGAGAAGAACGUAGUAUCUUGGACCACUAUUAUUGCUGUCUACUGUUCCGCCAGUCACGUCGAGGGAGCAAAGCUACUGUUUGAUGUGGCUGGAACGCUCUCGUCACGGCUUAUGCCCAAAACGGGCAUGUGUUUGACGCGGCGGUGGUGUUCUACAGGCAGCCCGCUAGAACGCUCGUCUCCUGGAACUCGAUUCUCAAGGGCUACUCUCAAGACGGUGAUUUGGAUUCAACACUUGGAACGGUUCGCGGCCUUCUUGGGAACUUGAGAAGGAUUCUUUC